AUGGACAAAGUCAAAUUUGACAAUCCGCUGCCGCCCAAAACUCUGCAGGAAGUGAAGGUCCCCAUUGUGGCGGAUGAGAUCUGUCGGCAGCAAUACCUCAUGAAGGGCAAUGUUAUCACGGACGACAUGCUGUGUGCCGGGAGCUGGGGCCGGGACUCCUGCCAGGGUGACUCUGGGGGCCCCUUGGUCUGUAAAUGGAGGGGUACCUGGGUCCAGGUAGGCGUGGUGAGCUGGGGAAAUGGCUGCGGUCUUCCCAACUUUCCUGGAGUCUAUGCCCGGGUGACAUCCUUCUUGCCUUGGAUCCGCCGUCAUAUUCGUUCCUGCCCAUGA